AAACCACCCAGGCACUUCCGCAUGGGGGGUUGCGGGAACGGUUUAGGAAGGCGGGAUACUGACGCAGGGACCAAUCGGAUGGGGCCUGUGGCGAAGGACGCAAAAGAUGGGGUCGGGACUUCUUUGUAGCUCGCCAAAGGGCGUUGAGAAGGACGGGCUCCUUUCCCUUCUCUACCAGUUAGGGGCCGAGUGAGGAAGGGGGCGGGACCGGGGUGAGGCCGUACGGGGGCGGGACCCAGGUAAAAUGAGGGGAGGAUCCGCCCAGUCUUGGUGCUACCCAAUAGGAGGCCAGAACACCUCUCCGGACUGUUGGGGUGCCCAAUGAGCAUCGUCGCCGGGCCCCGAUGCGAGGAGCUCCGAGCCAAUCGGCGGCGGCGGUGGGUGGGCGCGGGCGGCAUAGGCGGUGCGGCGGAGGCGGAGCGGGCGCUGCGGCAGGAGGGAAGAUGGCGGACGAAGAGAAGCUGCCGCCCGGCUGGGAGAAGCGCAUGAGCCGCAGCUCAGGCAGGGUGUACUACUUUAAUCACAUCACUAACGCCAGCCAGUGGGAGCGGCCGAGUGGCAACAGCAGCAGCGGCGGCAAAAAUGGACAGGGCGAGCCCACCAGGGUCCGAUGCUCACACCUGCUCGUCAAGCACAGCCAGUCACGGCGGCCCUCGUCCUGGCGGCAGGAGAAGAUCACCAGGACCAAGGAGGAGGCCCUGGAGCUGAUUAAUGGCUACAUCCAGAAGAUCAAGUCAGGAGAGGAAGACUUUGAAUCUCUGGCCUCACAGUUCAGCGACUGCAGCUCGGCCAAGGCCAGGGGAGACCUGGGUGCCUUCAGCAGAGGUGCGCAAGGAAUGGGCGCUGCCGAGCUCUGGGGGGGGCUUCUGUCCCAUCAGUGGGGGUCCCCUAGCCAGGUAGAGGUUGGGAGGGGCGGUCCCUGCUGCAGAAGCUUUGAGGCUCCACCAGGUGGCAGCACAAUCCCUCAAGCUUCAGUGGUUGCCCUGCUUGGGGGUGGCUGGGCCACAGAGCCUCCUGCCUGGUGUCCUUCAGUCCUGGGGUGGGGGGGGUCGGUCUGCGUGUCUCUGUGCAGUUGUCCCCAUCAGGGACCCAGUAAGGUAGGUACUCUCCUCCUGUUGGGGGUAUAAGGCUGAGUCCCCUGAGCGCCCCAGGGCCUGUCCCCUAGAAUGCCCCUCCCAACACCACCUUCAGGAGUGGGGACAGCAGGAGAGAGGGGAGGAGGG